AUGCAUUUCUGUCCAUGUUGUGGCAAUAUUUUGCUUGUUGAGCCUGAUUCCGAUGGGAUGCGCUUCUUCUGCCAGACGUGUCCUUAUUUGUUUCAAAUCAAUGAUAAAGUUGAGAAAAAAGUGCCACUACAACGCAAACAAGUGGACGAUGUGCUGGGAGGGGAUGAAGCGUGGGAAAAUGUUGAUCAGACCGAGACUCGUUGUCCCCAUUGCGAGUUCAAUAAAGCUUACUUCAUGCAGAUCCAGAUUCGAUCAGCAGAUGAGCCCUCUACGACAUUCUACAAGUGUGUACAGUGUAAGAAACAGUGGAAUGACUAA